GGCAACUCAAUAGCUAGCCAGCAGUCAACUAGUCGCCGUACCCGCUGCCGAUCUCUUGGAGCAGCAGUAAAAGGCUCGCCGAGCAAGUCGCGCUGCGAUGGAUGUGUACAUCUCGGAGGAGUACGUGGUCCAGCGGCGUGCCGAGAGGAGGGCGGCGCGGAAUGCCGCGGCGGAGGCGUCAUGCUCUUGCGAGGAGAAGGCGCGGGCUGACGGUGGGCCGAAGCGGUGGACGGCAGCGUGGGCGGAGAAGGGGAAGCGCACUGGCGCUGGCGACGGCAAUGGCAGCGCCAGUGCCGGUGGCGGCGCCGGCGGGCUCGCCAAGGACGUCAUCUUCAGCUACUUCUCGGCGUGAACGGUUGUCCCGCCGCAUGCAGGAAAAUUUUCAUGCGCAUUGCAUGGAUCGUUGCUUUUGAGAAACAGCUGCAUAGAUCGUUUGGUUAAUUUAGCGUUUGCCGUAGCGCUGGCAGAACUUGUUUGUAACUAGUGUAAGUGAUUCGUGUGUGAUUGGGCGAAAGGUUCAGUUCAUCAGCUUACCGUCCAGGUUUAGCACACAGACAGAACAGGUCAUGCACAUGGUUUUAUAUUCUUUGUCUCAAACAAAGCAUAUGCCUAGAGG